AUGUCGGGAAGUCGCGCUACAGCGAGCAACCAGCCGAUAUCGACCAGCUCAUCGCGGUCACAUUCCGUCUCAGAGGAAGAAAGACAUCUGGGCCGCGGACACCAUCAUCACGGAUACCCGAGCUCGGCUGAAGGCGAGGACCACUCCAGCUGGGACGACGACGAGAUUUACGACGACGACGACGAACCGUCCGACGACAUUGAACCCUCAGACUCGGCGUCGGCCAGUGCAGAUCUCCGCCCUCCUCCCCGUCACGCUCCCCACAGACCACCGCAGCGGCACCCCUCACGACGCCACUCGCGGCCCCCGGUCCAGCAAUUUGCAUAUCGGGCACCCAACCCGCCCCCGAUGAGCAGCGACCCGUCUGACGACUACGGUGCCCCGCCUUUUGGCGGCCGUGGCUACGGCCCUCCUGGCAGCCACUACUACGGCGGCGGCCACGCGGGACCAGGCUACGCACCGAGCCAUGUAGGAGGCGGCUAUGCGCCCCCGAGCCACUACGGCCGAAGUGCCCAGCAGAUGGUGCACUACAACAACGGCUACGGCAGCAAUCCGUUCGCGCCCAUGUCGAACGGCAGUGGAGCAGGCUACUUUGGCGGCGGCGACCCGCGGUCUCCCUACGACAUGGUGCCCUACGGACAGCAGGGAUUCUACGGUGGCGGCCCUGGCUACCAACCCGGUCUCCCGCCGCACAUGCAACCAUACUACCAAGUACCCCCUCCGCCGCCCACCGAGGCCCCAGCUCCUCCGCAGACUCCGGCACCUCCACCGGAGCCGAAGCCGGACCCGGAAAUGGAGAAGAUCAAGGCCCAGCUCGAGCUCUACAAGAGCGAGCAGGCCAAGAAGGAAGAGGCCCAGAAGCAGAAAGAAUUGGAAGACAAGAUUAGGAGAGAUGCCGAAGACGCGUUCCAACGGCGCAUGGACGAGAUGAGGAAAGCGCAAGAGGAGGCCAAGAAGGAGAUUGAGAAGGCAAAGGCGGAUGCCGAGCGCGCGGCGAGGGACCGGAUAGAGGCCGAGCGCAAGGCAGAAGAGGAGAGGCGGAAGCUCCACGAGGAAGCCAUGGCUCGCGUCGAGCGCGAGGCCCGAGACAAGAUCGAGGCGGAGCGGAAAGCCGACGAGGAGCGGAAGAAGCGCGAGGCCGAGGCCGCCGCCAUCGCCGAGGCGGCGAUGAAGGCCAAGAUCGAGGCGGCCGAAGCGGCGGCCAAGGCCAAGGUCGAGGCCGCCAUCAAGGCGGAAGAGGAGGCCAAGGCGGCGGCCGCCAAGAAGGCCGCCGAAGAGGCCGAGUGGCGCAAGAAGCUCGAGGAGGAGGCCAAGCUCAAGGCCGAGAUCGACGCGAGGACGAAGCUCGAGGCCGAGAAGAAGGCGGCCGAGGACGCUGCCAAGGCCGAGGCGGACAAGAAGGCCGCGGAGGAGGCGCUCAAGAAGCGGCUCAUGGAGGAGGCGCAGGCCAAGGCGACCGAGGAGGUCACCAAGAAGGACAAGGCGCCCAUCAAGUUCAAGGACGCCGUAGGACGGAAGUUCAGCUUCCCCUUCCACCUAUGUCAGACGUGGGCUGGUAUGGAGGAGCUCAUCAAGCAGGCCUUCCUCCACGUCGACGUCAUCGGCCCGCAUGUCCAGGAGGGCCACUACGACCUCAUCGGCCCCAACGGCGAGAUCAUCUUGCCGACGGUCUGGGAGAAGGUCGUGGAGCCGGACUGGGCCAUCACGAUGCACAUGUGGCCCAUGGACAAGGUGCCGCUGCGCGGCCACCCGCCGCACCCGGGCGGCGUCCCGCCUCACCCGGGGAUGCACGGCGGGGGCGGCAGACCGCACGGGGCGAUGCACGGCAUGCGCAUGCCGUUCAUGCCGCAGGGGGUCAGGCCUCCGGGCAGGGGGCCGGGCCCCGUGCCGCCGCCCAACUGGGGCACCAACAUGCGGCCCAUGUCGGGGAUCCCGAGCCAGAUGAGGGGCAACAUCGAGGUCAUGACCGUCGAGCCGGGCGACAAGAAGAAGAAGAAGAGCGGGUCCAAGAAGAGCGGCGGGGGCAUCCUGGGGGGCAUGUUUGGGCCGCCGCCUAAGAAGUCGUCGAGCAAGAAGUAA